AUGAUGUUCCCUGAUUCGAUGUCGGUCCACCACGAACCGAGGCGCGCGCUAUCAAAUACCGACUGCGUGAUCAUUGCCGUCCCGUCGGUUGCGAUGCGGGAAGUCAUCGAAGCUCAUGUUGCGGAGAUUGCUCCAGAUUCGAUCGUCGUCAGCGCCACUAAAGGGCUUGAGAUCGAGAGUGGCAAGCGGAUGAGCGAGAUUAUUGCUGAAUGCAUAUCGGCUCGCCAUUCUCUGUCAGUCGAGGAAGCGAUGACCAAUAUCUGCGCCCUCUCCGGUCCCAAUCUUUCGGUGGAGAUAGCGAUUGGUUUACCAGCGCUGGCGACCGCGGCGUCGGUUUCGAUCGAAACAGCUGAGCGGGUUCAGAUGAUGACCAGCGGUGAGCGGUUCCGCGUCUAUGCAUCUGACGACAUCAUUGGCGGUGGAGUUGGGUGGAACGUUGAAGAACAUCAUUGCGAUUGGGGCGGGAUUCAUCGACGCGUCGGGUUUAGGAUCGAAUUUGAAGGCGGCCUAUGUGACGCGCGGGUUACACGAGAUAACGCUCUUGGGAUUAGCUCUCGGCGCAAAACCAACUACAUUUGCCGGACUGAGUGGCGUGGGCGACAUGCUUACGACCUGUUACAGCCCUUUGAGCAGGAACUAUCGGCUGGGCACGCGACUGGCGGAGGGUGA